AUGAGCAGCUUGGUCCCCCCAAGACUUCUGGACCUGGCAGGGCGGAGCCUGGUGAGGGCGGAGGCUGUAGCCAUCGCUGCUGUGGACCUGUUGCCCGUGGAGCUCUUCCCGCCGCUGCUGAAGGCUGCAGUCGAUGGCAGGCACCGGGGCGUACUGCGGGCCCUGGUGCAGGCCUGGCCCCUGCCCCUGCUUCCUCUCGGGGCCCUGGUGAGGGAGCAGCAGUGCCACCAGGCCACCCUCCUAAUGGCGGCGCUCAGUGGGCUCGAGGCCUUGCUUGCCGAGAAGGUCCGCCCCAGGAGAUGUAAACUGCAAGUGCUCGACUUACGGGCGGAUUGUCAUCAGGACUUCUGGGCCACAUGGGCCGGGGUCUCGGUGACCAGGCCCCUGCUGGAGCUAGAGGCAGAGCUGCCUGUGGUCAAGAGGCAGAGAGUGGAGGGUCCUGGGCCAGGGGCCAGGUGGUUCCGGGCUCCGGUGGAGGUGCUGAUGAACGUCCGUCUGGACAUAGCCGUCCCAGACCAGUUCCUCACCGCCCUCCUCGAGAAGGUCAGGUGGGGCCGGGGCUUGCUGCGCCUGUGUUGCAAGAAGGUGCAGGUGGUUUCGAUGCCGGUGCCCAUCGUGGAGCGGGUCCUCAAGACGGUGCAGCUGCACUCCAUCCAGAACCUGGAGAUGAACUGCACCUGGCCGCUGGUCACGCUCAGCCGCUUCGCCCCGUUCCUGGGCCAGAUGGUGAACCUGCGCAGGUUCCUGCUCUGCCACCUGCAGGUGCUGCCGUCCCGCCCUCUCCGCGCCAGGGAGGAGCCCUAUGUCUACCGGUUCGCCUCCCAGUUCAUCGGCCUCCAGCGCCUCCGCGAGCUCCGGUUCGACUGCAUCUCUUUCCUGGAAGGUCGCCUGCAGCAGGUGCUCAGGUGCCUGAACAGCCCUCUGGAGACCCUCUCCAUCACCAACUGCGUGCUUGUGGAGUCUGACCUGGUGCACCUGUCCUUGUGCCCCAACACCGGCCAGCUGAAGGACCUGAGCCUGAGCGGUGUGAACCUGACCAGCUUGCGCACCGGGCCGCUCCGCGUGCUCCUGGAGCGGGUCUCGGCCACCCUGCAGGACCUCGACCUGGACGAGUGCGGCAUCGUGGACGCCCAGUUCCGUUCCAUCCUGCCCUCCCUGAGCCGCUGCUCCCAGCUGCGGACCUUCAGCUUCUGCGGGAACUUCGUCUCUGGCGACGCCCUGGAGAGCCUGCUGUGGCACACUGCCGGGCUGCCCCACAUGGAUCACACGCUGUACCCCGCCCCGCUGGAGACCUACGAGCAUGGCACCGGGCUGCUGCACCUGGAGAGGCUGGCCCUGCUGCAUGCCCGGCUGAUGCGGAUCCUGAGGGAGGUGGGCCGGCCGGGCAGGAUCUGGUUCAGCGCCACCCUGUGCCCUCAGUGUGGUGACAGGACCUUCUACGACCCGAACCCCAUCCAGUGCCCCUGCUAUAUGCCUGCCCAGCCGGAGGCGUGA